AUUCAACUAAAGAUCAGUGAAUUUAUUUAUUUAAUAAGUUGUGUAUUUUUAUUGUUUAUUGAUGAUAUAAGUGGUGAAGGAAGGAAGGAAUGAGCGAUAUAAGCGCGAGGUGGGAGCGCGGCGCCACAGUGCUUUGGGUGGCCUCAGACGGAGCGCGCCGACAUGGGGAGAAAGGCGUUAAUAGCGGUCGCGUGGCUGAUAAGUGCGUGGACUGUGACCGGUUUGAAAGUUAUAGACAAUGAGAGUGCCCCGCGUUUGUACCGGAACGCUAAGGGGAUAUACGCGAGUGCCUACGCCAGUGCGGCGCCCUACGGGGCCUUCUCCUUCCACGUGCCGACUGCCGUCCCUGCGGCGUCAGCCACCAAGUUCAUCCCAGUGAAACAAGAGAGCAUCGUUAUACAGAAUUCAAAUGGAUUUUUAAAGGAUUCGUACGGGAACAAGUUUGUGGAGACGCCGACGUCGGUGGCUUACAAGACCACGUUCCCGCAGCAGUUUGUGCAGCUGCAGCACCUGCCGGCGCACCUGUCGCAGCCCCUGUCCGCCGCCCCGAGCUACCACUUCCCGCAGGGCGCGGCGCAAGCGUUCUUCGGUCAUCAGUUCCGACUGCCCUCCCUGGACGCUGGGACCUCGCCCUUGACCCGCUACGGGUCCUUCCCGCAGCCUUUCGUGUACGCCGGCAACGUGAAGGCGCUCACCCCGGCUUCCGACCAGCAGUUCCACUUCGGCGCACCCAAAAACGCCCAGCAAGACUCCAGCAACAAGAAAGUGGUGUACGCUACACAGGGCUACAACCAGCUUCAACAGGAGCCUAAGUUCCAGCGAUUAGAAGAGAAACCUUCCCACAACGAAUAUUAUGAAUCGUCUCGACAGCAAGCUUCCCCUAGCGUCAAGGCGACUACUCAUAAUGGAAAACACAACCAGCUCCAGGAGUCCAAGUUCCAGAGAUUAAAAGAAAAUCCUUAUCAAAACGAAUAUCAUGAAGCGCCCCGACAGCAAGCGGCGCCCAGCAUCAAGGCGAAAGUGCAGACUCCUAUCACACAUACUGUGAGGACCACUCAUAACGGGAAGGAAACCAUUGUCCAGAUAGAAACCAAGCCACCCCUCCCUCUUGUAGACCUCAGUUUGCUCGAGCCCCUCACGUUUGCCAACCCCAUAGUUCCUCAAGUGCAGCACUACUUACCCAAAAUAAGCCCAUUAACGUACCACGCCCUACACCCACAAGAUGCCGAGGACAAGAACGAAAAGGAAUUUGUCGUUCAUAAAACUAAGUCUUACGACAGUGGUAUCGUCAAAGGUCACGGUCAAGCCGAUGAACCAAAGAAAAAGAAAAAGAAACCCCCGAAGAAGGACGCCGACGUAUACAUUAACUUCGAAAGUAAAUCGGAAAAGCCGAGUAUUAUAGUGAAAGGGAAUCCUAACGAACCCGGAUACUCUUACGAAAUAAACUCUCCGGGACAUAAAGAAACUUUCAACCAACAAGUUAUCAGCUACAACAAGGAAACGAAGAGUGACCCAGUAAUGUACACUUAUGAUAAGCAAACUCAGAAAGAGCCAGUGACUUAUACUUAUUCUCACAGCUCGAACGAUCCCGGUCAGGCGAAAGUUGAGUAUGUCAAGAAAGACCCCGCACCUAGUACACAUUUAGUUUACAACUUCGAGCCAGAACAAGCUAAUGAACAUCAGGAAUCUCCUAAACCUGCACCCGAGGAAUCAGAUGAUUCCAGCGAGUCUUCAGAAUCCGACGAUGACGGUCCUGCCUACGACCAUGCUCAGUACAACUCUCAACCCCACCACGACACGCCUUCUCACUCUGAGCAUUCCUCUCAGGCACAUCAACAUCAUCCUUCUAAUAGCGAUCAUCUACAUCCAUCAACACAUUCCCAGCACUCUUCUCAUAGCGAUCAUCCUGGUCCCUCAACUCAUUCUCAUCAGUCUUCUCAUAGCGACCAUCCCCAUCCAUCAACACAUUCCCAUCACUCUUCCCACAGCGACCAUCCCGGUCCUUCCACUCAUUCACAUCAGUCUUCUCAUAGCGACCAUCCCCAUCCAUCAACACAUUCCCAUCACUCUUCCCAAAGCGAUCAUCCCGGUCCUUCCACUCAUUCACAUCAUUCUUCUCAUAGCGACCAUCCUCAUCCCUCAACUCAUUCCCACCAGUCAUCACAUCCACCAUCAACGCACUCAUACUCAUCUAGUACAUCUCAUCCUUCCCCUGCUUCAUAUCAAUCUCAGCAUUUGAACCCUGAGCACAGGGCACAGCUAAAAGCAAGCCCUACCCCGUCAUAUUGGGUGGUUAGCCACAAACCCCAAUACUAUACCGCUGUCGCCUCAACACCGAAGCUUCCAACUCUCCACGAGUAUGUGGAAAACAUCCGAUUUAUCCCAUCUUAUCCCAGUCCCCCGAGUGCAGCGAUAAAGGUGAACCCGAGCCGACCGCCACAACAGCAGGCGCAAUAUUACGUCCAACAAACGACACCCCGCGCCCGCUCUGAAGGCUCUGUCGUUUCCGAGCCUGUCAUCUAUGAGAAAUCUAAGAAAAUAAUAAUUCAGGAAGAAUCUCCCGACGAGGUACAUUCGCAUCAAGAGAAGCUCACGGCCCAGAUGGAAACUGUAGGCCAAAACGCAGACAGCGAGGAAGACUUUGAGAAGUCUUACAAAGCGGCCGCUUACGGCUUUCCCGCCUACAACCGAGAAGACUCAGGGGAAGUUGACGAGGAGGUCUACAAACAAAACUACGGGGAGCCUCGGCAGGAACAUAGCGGCGAAGAGUCCGAUACACACUCGCCCUUUGAACAAUACACGGAAGAGGGCGACCAGUUCCCCAAAUCCUCUCGCCUGAGCUACAAGGACGACCGGGAUAAAGUCCAGGAAGACUAUUUUUUAGGUUACUCGCUAAACAAGCCCGAAGUCAUGACUGACCGGUAUCAGAGCAAAAUAGAUUACUAUAAAAUGUUCUUGAAAAACAAACCGGAGAAACUGCGUGUAGCCGACGCGAAGAAACAGGCGUCAAAAUUAUCUAAAUACACGGUUGACCCCUUCUUUUAUGAUUCAGCGCCCAAACAAAAGCAAAAGCAAUCCGCGCAAUACAAGUCGGCGGCUUACAAGUCCGCGCCGGUCUUCGAGUAUAAUUACGAUAAGGAGGCUCCACGGGACAGCUCCGCUUUCGCGUCACGUCCCAACCGUUACAAGAGCACGACGCAUUUCGUCGAGCCCCAGUUCCAGUACGGGUUCGAACCCAUCGCCAUCCCCCGGAUAGACAUCGAGCAGGAGACGAUGGCGACCAACCUAAGCCCCGAGAGCGACAAGCCCGGCACCAGAAAAAAGAUGUACAAAGAAAACUGGUACAUUAAGAAAACGACCACGUCCAGCAAGCCUAGCUGAUAAAUAACUAUUUAUUCUUAUUGUUAAGUUUAUUUUUGUUAAUAAAAUAUUGAAUUAAAGUGUCUUCUUUCAAUGGUUAAACUUU